CAAUGAUCAUUAGUUGUUGGUUGUUUUCAGGCUGCUGAAUGUCUUCUUGGACUUGUUGCUCAAGUUCCUCAAUCCUUUUCUUGAGCCUUUGAAUGUGAUCAUUUUGAUUGUUAAUGACUUGAUCCUUUUGAUCAAUCAAUUUGCUACAUUCUUCCAGAUCAACUUCUUUCAAACUUACAUGAUUCUUCAGUGUUCUGAUCUCAUUCUCAUAAUUUCCAAUUUCUUCAUUCUUUUCAGCUAUCAGCUUGUUUUUAGAGUCAAUUUGGGCAUUAAGGAAUCUGGGAUACAUCGGGUACUUGUCUUUCAAUCCCUUUCCUGGAGUAUCCGAUGUAUCCCAGAUUCCUGCAGUGCAUGAUCAAUGAUCAAUUGCGAAAUCUGCCAAGGGACUCACCUAAACUUAAGCAAAUUCACCUCAAAGCACAAGUCUUUGGGAACAUUAAAAGCACAGUAUACCAUGGUCAAGAAUCAGCACUAUUUGACCACAUGUUGAAUGAAGAUGUCCCUAUUGACCCACUACUAUUGGCAGAUCCACCGCAAGUUGAACAACAACAUGAUCAAGAAGAGAAUGUGGCAUUUGAGAUGGAUGUUGAUGGUAAUGAUAAUGAUGAAGUUAAUGAUGAUGAGGAUGAUCUCAUCAAGUACCUUAAUGCCCAAAUUGACUCUAAAAACAAGCUGAUAGCUGAAAAGAAUGAAGAAAUUGGAAAUUAUGAGAAUGAGAUCAGAACACUGAAGAAUCAUGUAAGUUUGAAAGAAGUUGAUCUGGAAGAAUGUAGCAAAUUGAUUGAUCAAAAGGAUCAAGUCAUUAACAAUCAAAAUGAUCACAUUCAAAGGCUCAAGAAAAGGAUUGAGGAACUUGAGCAACAAGUCCAAGAAGACAUUCAGCAGCCUGAAAACAACCAACAACUAAUGAUCAUUGAUUUCCAAGAGGGAAUGAUUACUGAUGAACUCUGCAUGAGUUUUGAGUACGCUCCAACUCAUGAUCAAU